CGCCCGCCCGGCGCCGCCGCGAUGCUGCAGCUGCGGGACGCGGACGAGUCCGGCCCGGCCGGCGGCCCCGGCAGCCCCGGCAGCCCCGGGGCCGCCACGCUGGUGCCGGGGGGGGCCGGGCCGCCCUUCGAGGCCGCCUCGCCGCCGCCCCGGCAGACGCUGCGGCCGCUCAGUGUCCGCACCGCGGGCCGCGCCGGCCGCCUGCGCCAGUACUUCGUGUUCCGGCCCGGCACCAUCGAGCAGGCGGUGAGCGAGAUCCGGGUGGUCGUGCUGCCCGCCGAGGACGGGGAGGUGCAGAGCGUGUGGCUGCUCACCGAAAUCGAUCACUGGAACAAUGAGAAGGAGCGCCUUGUCCUCAUCACAGAUUGGUCCCUCCUGGUCUGCAAGUACAACUUCAUCAGCCUGCAGUGCCAGCAUGUGACGAGGAUUGCCCUCAGCGCCGUGGACACCAUCUCCGUGGGGGAGUUUGAGUUCCCACCCAAAUCUCUGAACAAGAGGGAAGGUGUCGGUAUCCGCAUUCAGUGGGACAAGCAAAGCCGCGCCUCCUUCAUCAACAGGUGGAACCCCUGGUCCACCAACAUCCCCUACGUGACCUUCACCGAGCACCCCAUGGCAGAUGCUGACGAGAAGAUCUCGUCCCUGUGCCGGCUGGAAAACUUUCAAACACAGCUGAUCCAGGCUGUGAAGAAAGCCCACAAGGAGGGCCCAGUGCCAGGAAGCACUAAUGGGGUGUUGGUGCUGGAGCGGCCCAUCCUCAUCGAGACCUACCUGGGACUGAUGUCCUUCAUCAACAACGAGGCCAAGCUGGGAUACUCCAUGACAAGAGGCAAAAUUGGAUUUUAAACCCCCUUGCGUGUCAUCUGUUCAAGGGCAAGUGAGUUGGUGGUGGUGCCCUGGGGAGAGGGUGCUGAGGGGCAGAGCACGUGAUAAAGCAGAGUUGUCAGGGGAAGGGACGGGGGUGGUUGUAGGACAGUUCCCAGCUUGUUUGGGGAAUGCACAGGCUGGAUUUGAAGCAGACACAGGGUGGUGUCAGUCUUGUACUGUGCACCUGAUUUACAGCCCUCACUGGUCCUUACACAGGAUGAAUGAGCAGUGGCAUGUUCCGUGUCCCAGUGCCUGCUCUUCCCAGUCCAUGAAGUGCCAUUGGAACCUGCUAAAACCCCCAGUGCAGAGCAGAACCUUUGUGCCACGGUCCUGCUGUAUCCCUGUGUACGGUGUCAAAUCCUGUCGUGUGCUUGGGACUGCUUUGUGCUGUUUAGAGGAGCUGCUGUUCCAAUCACCGUGAUCUCAGUGCUCUGAUUAAUGCCUGUUAGGAAUUUUCGAGGCUGUCAGUCAGUCUUUUAACAGUAUUUGCUGGCUUUUGCUAAAGCUGCACUGUCCCACCUGCUCAGCAGCAGUCUGUGAACUCAAUAUGCAUUUAUGAGCUUCUUGUAAAAACCCCUCUAAGAACCUACUGGAACUUCCUCUCUACUUCUGUUUCUUCGCUGCAGCCACAGAAUAAAGACUGUUGUGAGAGAACGUUGCCAAAAGCCUCACAAACACGUCUGCCUUCAAAGCUGUUCUUUGUAAAACUGAAAAGGAAUUCUGUUUUGGUUAGAUUGAUACUCUUAGCCAUUUUUCUUAAACCUACUCUAGAAAACUUUCAGCACUGUGUGUCAGCCUUGGUUCAUACAUUCCUGCGCUGAACCUCUCAUCCAGGGAUGAAAUUCAGAAGCAGCCCAAGAGAUUACAGCUGAAAUUGCUCAGGAGGUGACUCUAACAAGCUUUUUCCUUGUGCAUGACCUUCUCUCCAUGCCCUUUCAAUCAGAGUGUUUAUCUGCUGGAUAAACACUGUGCUGCAGUGGUGGGGGGUUUUUUGACCUUAAUGUAGGUGUUUGUGAAACUCCUGUUGCAGACCAUCCUGACUCCAGUUUUCCAAGCUUCUCCAUGCAUUUUCUAAGUGAUCUGUUCACUUUUCAUUAACCUUGCAGUAAAGUUAAAUUUCAACUCUUA